AUGAUUCACUGGUCGCCAUUUGUACAAGCAUUUAAAAGGAAAUAUCCAUGGGUUCAACUUGCUGGUCAUCAAGGGAAUUUUAAGGCUGGUGAAGCGGGUACAAUCUUGAAGAAAUACGCCCCCAAAGAAAAGGAAGCUUUAUCACUCUUGAUGAGAGAUAUUUUGCGUCCCUACGUGCCUGAAUUUCAAAAAGAAGUUAUUCGUAAUGAUGAACGUUUUAUUCAAAUGCAAGAUUUAUUAGGAGAUUUUGACACUCCAAGCGUUAUGGAUUUAAAAAUGGGAGUUCGGACGUAUUUAGAAGAGGAGUUACAAAAAGCUAGGACAAAACCGAAACUGAGACGAGAUAUGUAUCAAAAAAUGAUUGAAGUUGAUCCAAAUGAACCAACACCUGAGGAAAGCAAAUUAAAAGCUAUCACUAAACCACGAUACAUGCAGUGGCGAGAAAAUGCUAGUUCCACUGCAUCGUUAGGCUUUAGGAUUGAAGGCAUUAAGAUCGGGGAAGGUGCUCCGGAUAAAGAUUUUAAGACAACUCGCUAUAAACCAGAAGUUGCCGUAACAUUUGAUAAAUUUGUGAACAAUAACAAAAUUGUAGUAGGUAAAUAUAUACGUCGCUUGAAAGCCAUACGAGCUACUUUGGAAAUGUCACCUUUCUUCAAAUGCCACGAACUGAUUGGUAGCUCUUUAUUAUUCGUACAUGACAAAAAUGAUAACGCAAGCGUUUGGAUGAUCGACUUUGGUAAAACAACACGUUUAUCCGAUGGAAAGUACCUAGAUCAUCGAAUACCUUGGAUUGAAGGCAAUCAAGAAGAUGGCUAUUUAUGGGGUCUUGAUAAUCUAAUUGAUAUUUGGUCAGAUAUUUACAAUGGACAAAUCGAGAACAUAUCUGAGGACUGUAAGGAUGGCAACGGCGUCGGUAGUAAUGAUUCGACGGAUGUACCGGCUAGUACGAAGGAUGUACCAAAUGGUAAAUCCGAAUUAAGUGACGAUUUCACUCAGAAGGAGAUUAACCUUACAAGUCAUGAAGAGAGGUAG